AUGCUUUUACCACAUGAGUUUGAAGAUGGAAGGAAACUAAAACAGGACGCUAAUUUUCGUCCAGAUAUUAUCGCUCGAGUCUUCAAACUAAAAUUGGAUCAACUUAUUGAAGACAUCUACAAGAACAAGAUAUUCGGAAGACCUUUGGCUUAUGCAUACGCCAUUGAGUUCCAGAAGCGAGGCCUACCACAUGCUCACAUCCUCUUGAGUAUGCAUCGUAAAGAUAAACCUCAAUCGCUGGAAAUAAUAGACGACAUUAUCUUGGCUGAAAUUCCAGAAGAAGGCGAAGAGCUGCGCAAAAUCAUCCUAGAACACAAUAUGCACAAACCUUAUGGACAUCUGGAUCCAAACUCUCCCUGUAACUAUUCUGACAAACUGUGA